GCGAUGGAAAAUUUUGUCAAUAUGCAACACUAACCUUAUCAUCGGCUCAGCUGAAUGGCCUGAAUGUUUUAAUGUAUUAUCGUGAUCUUGUGAAUGCGUAGUUAUUUUGUGUUUAUUUUUAAACCAACACAAAUUUCUAAACAAAAUGGCAACAGGCGUACAACCUCGUGACGAGGAAAUCCAAUUUACUCGGUCUGAUCUUGAAAAUAUUCAAGACGCCAUGAAGAAUAAGAAAUUUCGAGAAAUGCUAGCGGAGUACGCUGAAGAAGUACGUGACCCGGCGAAUCAAGCACUUUACCAGAAGGAAAUGACCCAGCUUGAGAAGGAGCGAGGUUAUGAUGUAACCUUUAUUAAUCCGAAGGGCGGGUAUGUUAUCAAAACAAGCGUCGCUGGCGACCGGAAAGCGUUCGUUAAUAUUUGUAGCAAUGAUAUUGUCGGCAAACCGUCCUGUAGCGUUCAAGAGGUUGAUAACCAGAGAGGUAUGAAUUGGCAAAUACCAUACACUAUAAUCCCUCCCAGGGAAGAUUAUGAUCAGAAAAAACAGAGAUGUGUCAUUUAUGAUGUAGUGUUCCACCCGGACACAUUGCGCAUGGCAGAGGUUAAUAAAAGGUUCCGUGAACUGGUCAACAAGACUGCAUUGGAUGGCUUGAUGAAAACAUACAACAUUCACCUGGAUAACAACAAUUUACGUUUUCCUAAGUCAUUAUACAAGGGAAUGACUACUCCAGCUAUUAUUCGGAAAGAGGAUCCAGAUUUUAAGGGUAUUCCUUUAGAUGAUGAAGAGGGAGGGGAACCUUUAUCUCCUGAAGUAUUGGAGAAGCUAUAUCCACAACGCACAUUUCCGGCAGAAUCUAAAUCAGAAGAAAUUAAAAGUGUUAGUAAGUCUAAACCUAAAGCUAAAUCUAAAAAAGAAUUUACUCAUGAAACUAUCAAUGGAUACACUAUACCCAAGUACAUUAUCAAACAACAGAAGAAUGUUGACAUGCAAGAAUUCACUUAUGACAAAAACAGUAAACAGUACACUGCUAUACCCAGUCAAAUAGUGGUUGAAAUUAAUCUUCCUCUACUGUCCUCUACUAAAGAUUGUAUUUUAGAUGUUAAGGAAAAAUCACUGAGUUUAUCUUGCGAAAAGCCAGCUAAGUACAGACUUACCAUAACUCUUCCCUAUGCAGUUAAUGAUGAGAAUGGAAGUGCUAAGUUUGAUAAAACAAAGCACAUGCUUAUUGUCACAUUACCUGUAGUCAGAGAAAAUAUAAAGAAAGAUUGUAGUAAAGCAGACAGUGGAGUAGAAAGUGAAGAAAACUCAAGUUCUCAAAGUGAUGAUGACCAGAGAGAUAAUUUAGUCGAAGAAUUAUCAUCUACUGUUGCAGAGACUGCUAUAAGCCCUUCUACUCAACAACUAGAACAUCAAUCAUCAGAAGGAGCAUUCUUAGACUCUUCAUAUGGAUACAUUUUACCAUCAUACACACAUAAUGUACUUGAUGAUAUUGUUGCGUUUACUUUCCAUGUUAAAAACACUGAGCUGGACUCUGUUAAAGUGAAGAGUGAAGGCAAUAAGGUUUACAUCAAAUUUACUACAGUAGGAUCAGGAUUUGUACCAGUUCAUUAUGCAGCACUUAUAGUAUUUGAUGAGGGAAUUAGAUUUGAGAAUGCUACUGGAGAACCUUGGGAUAACAAUGUUAUUUUACAGUUAGAAGUGUCUGGCAACUUGCCUGAAAAAUUCCAAAUAGGUUUGAGUGAUGCUUCUCUAACCAGUGAAUACUUUGACAUGUCCCAAGUGAAAAAGUCUUCCAGUGACCAAUCUGCUUUAAGUCAGAAACUGCCUCAAGAUGAAAUUUCUUUACCUGUUGUUGAAGUAACCAAUUUCGGCUCCGAGACAAACAUAGUAGUGACCUCAAAUAUUGAAAAUGAGGACAGUGAUGACGUUGAAUCACCCAGAUCUCCUAAAGAGAAAGAAAUUGUGUGGGUGGACUCGGGAAUGAAUGAGACUGGAGCCAAGAGUAUACUGAGGAAACCAAUGCACAUGAUGAGAAGCUUUUCAGAGUCUAGUGUGGGAGAUGUUGCUUCUUCAAUGGAUUAUGUCAGCUCUGACUGUAUUCCUGAAGAAUCCAGCUUAAAAAAGACUGUUAGGUUCAAUGAUGUCAUUGCAAAACAAUUUUAUAGGUAUAAUUCAUCUAUUGAAGGGCAGAAGAAAAAGAAUCAAAGGAAAAAGAGUAAAAAACGUACUCAAGACAGGCGCAAGAGUGAAAGUGAGGCGGAAGAUGAUUUCAACAACUCAACUCAGAUUCCGAAAUCGAAACCGAAGUCAGCUUUAAAACAGCGGCGUGACAGCGGGCUAGCAGACACUUCUGAUGUUGAAAGCGAAUGCCACGGCACUCCAACUGGCAGAGAUAUUCCCAGCGAACGGAAGGACGACGGAAUCGACACCGACGCGUCGGAAGGGAGCGCCUCUUCAUCUGUAUUUGACAUUUACAACAAUGACAACUCGAGGAAAUCAGAACCCAUUAUAUGGAAAUCUAAAGACGAAGAGAAAAAGUCAAAAUCAGACAAAGCAAAAGCCUCGGAACCCAAAACCUGUGAUAAUAUUAAACAUAACACUGAUCUCUAUGAUCCAGAUAAUCUGAACAAGGGCCAGUACCAAGAAGUAAUGUUCAAAAACGAUCUCAUAUUUGAUUUGGACAUGUGAGUGCUGUCAUUUCUUAUGUAUCUCUUAGGGAUUCACACACUGAAUUCUAUACAAAUGUCUGAUGUCCAGUUUCAUUUUAUUAAUUUAGUUCACAUAGUAUUUUAGAUAUUAAUUUGGAAUAGUCCCAGUUUUAAUUUAGUUCCUAUUUAUUGCGUGUAGCUAUUUUAGUUGUUUCUCGUGUUUGCUAAGUUUAUGGCAAUGGUUCACAAUAACAUCCAAGUAUGGUCAAUUAUAAAAACAUUGAAUAGGUAAAGAUUAGAUAUACAAGUAUCGUAAAUUAUGUAUGUAUUCAAAAUAUAGUACAAAAUGUUACAGUUUGUACAUGUAUUAAUAAAUAAAUAUUCAAAACUAAUUGUAAAAGGCAAUAAUUAACUUUACAACAUUACAAUUUUUAUGGUAUUUGUAUGAUGGUGUUUGUAUAACUUACAAGACCCACUUAUGAGUUAGAGUUUGAUGAAUUGACCGCUAAAGACGUCAACUGACGCGCACGGCUACAGGCCAAUAUCAACCUUCGUGCAUGUCAAUAAGGUUCACAAUGACGCCCUGCACACGAUAGCCACGGCGUUCAAAGGGUGAAUGUGGCCUUGACAGAUGUUUGCGGUUUCCCACCGUCAUGCAAACGCAGCAUUAAAUAAAAUGACAUCUAGUGAUUUAGGUUUAUAAACAUAUUUUCAGAUAAUUUUCAUUGUGCUCAUUUUAGACAAUAUUAAAAUAUUGGGUAGUUGAAAUGCAUUUAAAUGGUACAAAAUAGACUAAUUGGUAUUAACUGGCUAAGAUUUAAUUGAAAUAACAAUGUCCUGUAGUUUAAGUUUUAGAUAUAAAGCACAGUGAGGGUAGAAUGAAUAGGAGUGAAUGUAAAGCAGGCACAUAUAGCACUAAACCACUUUUUUUGGCAGUUGUAUAAGUUGAUUUGUGCUAUAGUCAAGUGCACAAAUAUGUGGCAACUCAAGGCGAUUAUAUUUUAACAAAUUGGCGUUUUAGCAUGAAGAGUAAAAUUUAAAUAACAGCGUAAAGUUUCUAGUUAAAAACGUUCUAUGGUUUUAGUAACUGCUCAGUAGUGCUCAGUGUUGCAUUAUUGAUACAUUUUUAACAUAGUGUACAUACCAAAAACAAAAAAUAUGGUACUAUCAAUGUAUAAAAUAAAUAUUGAAGAUUUUGUCACUUACCGUUGAGCAAAGCAAAUGAAUGCAUCUUAAUUAUUGUAAGUAAAGUCACCUCCAGUGACUUCAGGCCCCACUGCUUAAAAGUGUGUAUACUAUGCAACAUUUGUUAGGUAUUCCUGCUAUUGACUCUUAUAAUGUUUAAAAAAGUAUGUGCUAAUCAUACAAUUUUAUUACGAUAGUAAUAAAAUUGUAACCUGGAACUUAAUUGCUCAUAUUUUUGUGCAUCUUGACUUUAUCACAAAGUACCUAAUAAUCAAAAUAAUAAAUGUAACGUCGACACCCAGUUUAUAAAAAAAAAUUGUUAAAAAAUAACUUACAAAACGAUACGUUGCUAGAUUUUGUACGCUUAACAAUAUUAACCAGUGUAACUUAAUGUACUUAGUGCAAGUUGUACUGUAUACUGCCGCGCUUAGCAUAAGUAUGCACAAUGAUAUACCCUAUUGUCAUACAAUAAGGUUUAUAGUAAAACAAGUUUUCAAACUAAUUGGUUGGUUUAACGUUUGUGUCCCUCUUUAAAAUCUUGGUUUUAAUGCUUUAAAAUCAAGUAUGCAUUUGUAGUGAUUAAGUUUAAUUAUUCAACAGCUAUUGAAAGCUAGUUGGUAGGUAGAAAGUGUAUGACAUUUUUUUAUCAAAUAUCAAUACUGUAGGCUUAGCAGGAGUGCGCCGCGACAGUAUCUCGCGCGCGAGAAAGACUACCACCUGCCCAUCUUUUUAACUGUAUUAUGUAAUUGGCUAAUUGGAGAGAGACUGGUGGUCUAUCUCAUGCUAAGCCUACUGUAUUUUGGUUGAGGGACAGAAUAACAUCAAAAAGAUAUACAUACAUAGUUAAUCUACCCAGUUAUUAGGUAAAGUGUCAAUCUAUGGAACUUGCUAAUUAUGUAAACAAACCGCCUUAUUGAAAUUGUCUCUGAAUGAUGAUUACUAGUGACUUUUGUUUACAUAGUUAGUAAAUUCCAUAGAAUGACACUUUACGUAGGUAUACUAUGCGCGGCUGUAUAAAAUAUAAUAUUUUGUGCCUUUUCUAUCACUGGCCACGCAAGUAACAGUCGACCAACUGUUGUCAUAAACUGGCACAUUUCAGUGAGUUUGUGUAAUUGAAGGGAUGUUUACAAA